GAAAGUGUCACUGUCAAAAAAGUUUACAAAUAAAUAAGUGUCUGUGUUCUGUUAAUAUAUCGUAACACAAUUACACAUUAACAGGAAGGAAUUAUAUCUGCACUAGUGCAGCGGGCACAAUGAAGACCGCAGUCACCGUUCUACAGGAAAUGAUGAUAAAGCUGGGUCUGUGUCCGGAAUAUGAAUGCAUUGCCCAGUCGGGGCCCCAGCACCUAGCGACGUUCGAGUACCGCUGCUCGGCGCACGGACACACGGUGACGGCGACGGCGCGCUCCAAGAAGGAGGCGAAGCAGGAGGCGGCGCGCUUGCUGCUGUUGCGCCUGGCGGAGCACGGCCUGCCUGUGCCCGCGCCCUUCUGCCGCUCCACCGCCCCGCUCCCCACGGGCAUGGCGGCCGUCGGCGCGGUGAGCGAGGCCGCGGGCGGCACGGCGGCUCGCAGUUACGUGGCGCUACUGAGCGAGCUGUGCGAGGAGUACCGGCUGCCGGCGCCGCAGUACGAGCUGACGGCGGACACGGGCCCGCCGCACGCGCGCCACUUCACGAUGAGCGCGCGCCUCGGCCUGCACGAGCGUCGCGCCACCUCCACCACCAAGAAGUCCGCCAGGCAGCUCGCCGCCGAGCAGCUCUACACCUAUCUCAGAGAAAACCUUUCUCGGCUCACCAAAGAUUUCAUCGAGGAGGAGGCGCUGGCGCGCGCGCACGAGCGGGCCAUGGAGCGCUACGUGGAGCGGCGCGAGGAGCUGGGCUGGCGGCCGCACCUGGGCCAGCGCAUCGCGGACUACCACCUCGGUCUGUUGACGCAUGUCGGUGAGCUCGCGCCUCUCGCUACCUCUACACGUCCGCUGCGGGCUGCGGGUACAACCGCUACCCGCCAUUUUAUUUAUUUAUUUAAUUAUAACAUGAAAAACUUACAGCUAUAUUAAUAUAAAUAACUCUAAACUGGAUAUGAAAGCCAAUAACAAGUCUUCACUUGUAGCAAUUUUAUAUCUGAGAUGAGCAAACAAACAAAUACCGCAAUAUUUAUGUGACAAUAUUUUUGGUAAUAGACUCGCAUUCACGAGACACGGUGUCGCUUGUGAGUUUAAUUAUUUUUGAAAGAACUAGGAAAGGCCUUUCACUCACAGUCCCACAAAAAUAUCCGGUCCGGUAAGUUUCAAUAGAUCACUAGCGCCCUUAUCGAUCUUGUAAUAUUUUAUUUUGACAAUUUCUAUAUCUACGUAAACUUGACAUUCCUCAGCGGUACAGAUAAGCUCGUCGCGUCAUAAACUAUUCCAUUAAUUUU